CAGGAGCACGCGUUCCCAACUCCCUCGGUGCGUGCUCAUGGAUCUCGAACCCGACACCAUGGGCUCCGUGCACACGGGGCCCUGCGGCCAGAUCUUCCGCCCCGACAACUUUGUCUUCGGCCAGUCCGGCGCCGGCAACAACUGGGCCAAGGGCCACUACACCGAGGGCGGGGAGCUCAUCGACUCCGUCCUCGACGUCGUCCGCGAGGAGGCCGAGAACUGCGCUGCCUCCAAGGUGUGCCACUCCCUCGGUGGGGGCACCGGUUCCAAGAUCAGGGAGGAGUACCCAGGUCUCUGA